GAGUGAUCUACUACUCAGCGAAACAUGUCUGGCAGAGGCAAAGGCGGUAAAGGGCUCGGUAAAGGAGGCGCCAAGCGUCAUCGCAAGGUUCUCCGUGAUAACAUCCAGGGUAUAACCAAGCCCGCUAUCCGUCGCCUGGCCCGCCGUGGCGGUGUCAAGCGUAUUUCAGGUCUUAUCUACGAGGAGACUCGUGGUGUUCUUAAGGUGUUCCUGGAGAACGUCAUCCGUGAUGCUGUCACCUACACUGAGCACGCCAAGAGGAAGACCGUCACAGCCAUGGACGUAGUGUAUGCCCUGAAGAGACAGGGACGCACACUCUACGGCUUCGGCGGAUAAACUCUCCUAUCCGGCAC